GCUGUAGAGCUAAAAAAAAAUUGUCAAAUAACUUCAAAGCAAAAAUUGAAAAUUAUUAAUAAAGAAGAUGCUUACAAUAAUUUGAUAGUUGCUAGAGAUAAUAAAGAAGCAUUUGAUAAAGAGAUAGUUAAUGAGGAAGAUGAAAAAGUGUUUAAUAAUAAUGAGAAGAUAAUAAUCGAUAAUGAGAUAUUUAAAGAAAUAACUGAUAAUGAGAUGUUUAAUGAAGAAAUAAUUAAUGAUAACAUGUUUGAUAAAGAAAUAGUUAAUGAUGAGAUAUCUAAAAAUUUUUAUAAAAUAGAUAUUGAUAAAAG